CACAAAGAAAUGAAGCAAGUAAUAAGCGUACGGAGUACUUGAUUUGCAAAUCAAAUUCAAGGUGAAAAACUUUCAUUUUCUCCUACUCAAAAUUAGCGAAAACUCAAAUCUGGCAUAUAGCACUGCUCAUUUUCUAUUUUCCAUUUUCCAUUGACGUGUACUCUGAAUCCUCCAUUGAUACGGCUUCUGCGCUUUCUCUCCAUUGAAGCAGCUUCUGAAUGAAGUUCCUGGAUUGGUAUGUGAAGAUUGCAGUGGGCUCUGCCAUGAUUGGAGCUUCCAUGGAGUUUUUCAUGAUUAAAACUGGAUUCUAUGACAAGGUAACAGUUCUGGAAUCGGAAAAGCGGGCUUGGGAGAAUUCGCCUGAAGCUCAGGCUGCUAGAGAGGCUCUAAAUCCUUGGAGACAUAUUGAUGCCAAAGAAAAUAAAAAUCAAUAACUUGUUUGUAGGUUACUGUUUGAUUUACACAAUAUGGUGUUAUGUAUUUUGAGGGAUUAUUCUUGUCAAACAAAUUUAUUAAGAAAGUAAUGAUUCUAUUUGACGUCUCUGGUUUGAGCUAUUA